UGCUCUGCUAGGCGGAGAAGAUGCGGUGCAUGCAAGUCCUGAGAAUGCACAGUCAUCACAUUCAGCACCAGUUACCGCAGCCCAGAAUGAUCAAGAUUCAGUUCUUUAUCGCUCAAGGCGGAUCAGGCAAUGGUCCUUCCAGCUUUUGAGUUUAGCAACACCGGAAUGGAAGCAGGGAGUGUUGGGACUCGCCGGUGCUCUUGGUUUUGGCGUUGUGCAUCCAAUGUACGCCUUUUUGCUGGGAUGCAUGGUUUCCGUAUACUACCUGAACGAUCACGAAGAGAUGCGGAAACGGAUCAACCUCUACUGCGUCAUCUUUCCUGCGAUGAUGGCUGCGUCCUUUCUCGUGAACCUCGAGCAGCACUGUAACCUGGCAGCUGUUGGCGAGCAUUUGUCAAAGAGGCUGCGUGAGGCGAUGCUGGCGGCGAUCCUGAAGUUCGACGUUGGAUGGUUCGACAGGGAUGAAAACAGCAGCAGUGCAGUUUGUACACGCUUGUCCUACGACGCAAACGUGGGUGGCAUGUCAUAUCGCCGUUUUUGUGCUUACAGAUUCGAGCUCUUAUCACCGACCGUAUCUCACUCCUCGUUCAGACGGGUAGCGCAGUAAUUGUGAGUUUCACCAUCGGACUGGUUCUUAACUGGAGGCUGGGAAUACUCAUGAUCGGGACUCAACCUCUGUUCGUCUUCUGCUACUACAUCAAACUGGUAUGUCUGAAAGGCUUUACGCACAAGUCUGCAAAGGCACACACCGAGGCAAGCCAGUUAGCUUGCGAAGCGAUAAGUCAGCACAGGACAAUCACAGCUUUUUGUUCUCAAGGCAGAGUUCUGGCAAUGCUCCAAUCCAGGCUAGAUGCGUCGGUUACAGAUCUGAAGAAGCGGUCUCAUACUGCUGGAUUGGGCCUGGGAGUGGCACACUUCGUUUUGUACGCAUCAUGGGGCCUUCAGUUCUGGUAUGCGGGCGUGCUUGUCAGCAAGAGAAAGAUCAGCUAUCAGGACGUCUUCAAGAUAUUUUUCGUGUUCCUGAGCACGGGACGUGUGGUGGCAGAGGCACUUGGCCUGACGCCCGACCUCGCCAAAGGUGCUGCCAGCAUUGAUUCGGUAUUUGGGAUCCUUUGUCAGGAGGGAAAGAUAAAUGCGAACGAUCCAGAAGCUACUCCUCCGGGGAAAGUUGCGGGAGAGAUCGACGCAUGCAACGUGUUCUUCGCUUAUCCAACAAGGCCGGACGUUGUAGUUCUGAGAGGCUUGAAUCUACACGUUCCAGGUGGUACUUCUAUGGCACUGGUUGGUCACAGUGGCUCGGGGAAAUCCACAGUCGUCGCGCUCAUCGAGAGGUUCUACGACCCUCUAAGCGGCGUGGUGAAAAUCGAUGGGAAGGACAUCAAAGAGCUUGAACUUUACUCGCUGAGGAGACAGAUCGGUCUGGUGAGCCAGGAGCCAUGCUUGUUUUCGGCAACCAUACAUGAAAACAUCGCUUAUGGACGUGAAAGCGAAUGCACCGAAGCGGAAGUAAUCCAAGCCAGUCGCAUUGCUAAUGCACACAAUUUCAUCAGUACACUCCCUGAGGGGUAUAAGACACAUUCUGGCCGGAAGGGAAUCCGUCUCUCUGGCGGUCAGAAGCAGCGAAUUGCAAUAGCUCGAGCGGUCUUGAAGAGCCCACAGAUUUUACUGCUGGACGAAGCCACCAGUGCUUUGGAUCUAGAGUCGGAGCACCUCGUUCAGGAUGCGCUGAAGACAAUGGCCGGAAGAACGACGCUCGUGAUCGCUCACAGGCUCUCUACGGUGAGGAACUGCGAUUGCAUCUCGGUAAUGCACAGUGGAGCUGUGGUUGAGCAGGGAACACAUGAGGAACUAAUGUCGAUGUCUGGUACGUAUUUUUCUCUAGUUCGUUUGCAAGAAGCUGGCUGCAGUGGCACAAAGUGCUCCUAAGUUUACAGCUUUUCUGGUUAUUUUCUUGUCGAAGUCAGAGGCAUAGACAAUGUAUAAAUGUAAAACUUUUGUA